CUCAUGGAGUGAGGCUCCUGGGAACAGUCAUGGCGACGGGCUGGGCAGUGCACCUCGGUCGCACACGGGCCUCCUAUGCAUUGCCAAAGGACAUGCUCGGUUCCCUCGUGACACUGUCCAGUGGCGGCUAGAUGAGCACCUCCCUCUGCACAGCGCUCCGAUCUGCGCCGGGCAUCGCAAGAGUUGACCGGGAGAUGGCGCUGACCUGGGGGCUGCUCCUCCUGGCCCUGCAGGCUCCCUGGGGCCAGUGGGUGACAGGGGCAGAAGAAACCAUCCCGCUGAAGACGCUGCGCUGCUACAACAACUACACCAGCCGCAUCGUCUGCAGGUGGGCGGACAUGGAGGACGCCCUGCGGCUGCUCAACCUGACCCUCCAUCGCAGGGUGAAUGGGGACCUUCCACAGCCAGUGUCCUGUGAGCUCAGUGAGGACAUGUCCUCGGGGGACUGCCCAGCUCACCAGUGUGUACACAGAAAGUGCCUCAUUCCCUACCAGGAAUUUGCCCUCGCUGACCACGACUACUACUUCUUCCAACCAGACCGGCCGCUGGGCAUCCAGCUCUUGGUGCCACUGACCCAGCACGUCCAGCCGCCCCCACCCAAGGACCCCCAGAUCAGCAAGACCGGGGACCAUUUCCUGCUGACCUGGAGUGUGGCCCUCGGGGAUCCCCAGACACCCUGGCUGUCGCAGGGGGACCUGGAGUUCGAGGUGGUCUACAGGCGGCUUAGCGACUCCUGGGAGGAGGCCACCAGCCUCUACUCCCGGUCCUCCCCGGCCGUCCUGGGCGCAGAGCUCCUCGUGCCCGGCAGCACCUACGUGGCCCGAGUGCGGACGCGGCUGGCCCCCAGCUCGCGCUUCUCGGGACGGCCCAGCCGCUGGAGCCCCGAGAUCCUCUGGGACUCGCAGCCAGGGGACGAGGCCCAGCCCCGGAACCUGCAGUGUGUCUUCGACGGGGCCCACACCCUGGGCUGCUCCUGGGAGGUCAGGUCCCCCGUGACCAGCUCCGUCUCCUUCGGCCUCUUCUACGCGUCCAGCCCAGAGGCACAGGAGGAGGAAUGUGCCCCGGUGUUGAAGGAGGAGCUCAGCGGCCUGUACACCCGGCUCCGGUGCCAGAUCCCGGUGCCCAACCCCGGGGCCCGCGGCCUGUACGUCGUCUCUGUCCGUCCACGGAGGGAGGGGAGGUUCAUCAAGAGCUCGGACAACAUCCAGAUGGAGCGCCCAACCCUCAAAGUGACCAAAGACGGAGACAGCUACAGCCUGCGAUGGCAAGUGGAGAAAAUGUACUACACACACCUCGGACAGACCUUUGAGGUCCAGUACCGGAGGGACGCAGAGAAGUGGGAGGACAGCAAGAGAGAGACCCUGCAGAACGCCCACAGCAUGGCCCUGCCAGCUCUGGAGCCCUCCACCCGGUACUGGGCCAGGGUGAGGGUCAGGCCCACCCCCGGCGUCUACAACGGCAUCUGGAGCGAGUGGAGUGAGGCUGCCUCCUGGACCACAGAGUGGGUGCUGCCCACGUGGGUGCUGCCGAUCGUCCUCGUCCUGGUCACCCUGCUCCUGCUCCUGGCACUGCGCUUCUGUGGCGUCUACGGGUACAGGCUGAACAGGAAGUGGAAGGAGAAGAUCCCCAACCCUGGCAAGAGCCACCUGUUCCAGAACGGGGGUGCAGGCCUCGGGCCCCCACCCAGCCUGUGGGCUGCCCCCAGCAGGAGCCCGCCUGCCCAGGGGCCCUGGGACAGCCUAUUUCCUGAGCUGGAGAGGUGGCCUUCCCCAGAUUUUGGGAACAGCAAGGUGUCACCUCUCACCAUAGAGGACCCUCAAGUGUCCUGCCAUCCACCAUCUGGGCCCGAUACAACCCCAGCUGCCUCGGGGCUGCCCACGGAGACACCCCGCGGCCCCCAGCCGGGCCCAGCAGCCCCCUCAGGCAGGGCUGAGAACCGUCUGCCCAGCUUUGACUUGAAUGGCCCCUACCUGGGGCCCCCCCACAGCCGCUCCCUGCCUGACAUCCAGGGCCCGCCGGCGCCUCCCCAGAGCCAGGAGCCAGCGCUCACGGGCUCCCUGGAGUACCUGUGCCUGCCCCCUGGGGGACAGGUGCAGCUGGUCCCCCUGGCCCAGGUGAUGGGGCAGGGCCAGGCUGUGGACGGGCAGGGCCAGCGCAGCCCUGCGGCCCAGGAGACCCCCUCCCUGGAGUCCAGGGGCGGCCCUGCCCCUCCUGCCCCUGGGCUGGGGGUGGGUGAACAGGACCCAAAGCACAGCCCAGCGGCACUGCCCAUGAGCUGUGGAGACCCUGAGGACGCUGGUGUGGCCUCUGCCUAUGUCACCACGGCAGACCUGGCUCUUGCCCUGCCCACGGGGACCCCAUCUGUCUCUCCGGCUCCGCCUCUGAGCCCCCCCUUUGUCCAGAACCCCAGUGUCUGUCCUAGGCCACCAGAUGGGCCCCUUGGAGCCCCAGACCCCGGGAAGCCAGGGUUCGAGGGCUAUGUGGAGCUCCCUCCAACCAUGGGCCAGUGCCCCCAGCCCCCCACGGGCAGUGCUGCCUCUCCUGUGUCCAGCACCCCCAUCCUGAGCCCAGGGGCCCCAGGAGGAGUAGCCCUGGGGUCCCCACCUGCCGAGGGGCUCCUUGUCCUGCAGCAGGAGGGUGACCACCACCUCCUCUCCAGUAUUGGCUCCUGAAGGCCCCUCCCUAGGCCAGCUGCCCACUCCUGGAGGUAGGGGCCACUCACACUCACAUCCUGACCAGAUGUCUCUGCCUGGGUCUGUGUUAAGGGCCAGGGAUAAUGUCCCUCUUCCGAGCAAUGAAGCCAGCACUGGCCUGCAGAGUGACCACAGCCCUGGGAGUGUGGCUGCCACCUCUGCCGCAGCUGGGCCUUAGCACCUGCUUUCCGUCCUUGUUCCGUGCCCGGCUCCUUCCCGAGAUGAUCUGUGUCCCGAGAAGGCCGUCGUGACGAAGGGGGUGGUGGUCCUCCGUAGCUGUGCCUGGGGCCAGCCUCUGAGCUGGUUAGGACAGAGCUUUUGGGUCCCGGGCCUGAGGCGAGGCCCGGGAGGUGGCACUGCCGACGAGCCCCCAGGUUAUGCUGGUGUACCUAGAACCCCUGACUCCCUUCUGGAAAGGAGGUGACCAUGGGGACAGUAUGGGCAUUGGUGGUCACCAGGGCUGGGGGCUGAGGGAUGAGCUGUGGAACAGGAAGACCCUCAGGCAGUGACCCUGCUCUGGGUGCUGGCUGGGCAGGUGUCCGUUUGUCAAAAUGUGUAGAGUGCGUGACACCAAGAGUGCACCUGAAUGGAAAUGAGGGGCUUUGGUGGCCGUGACGUAUCAGCGGAGUUCCACCCGUUGGAGCCAAUGUCACACCACCACUGGGACCGGUGGAGCCUUGUGUCCCGCCCCCAGUCUCAUCUGUUGGAAUCCUAAACCCAGGGCCAUCGUCUGGGGAGACAAGGUGUUGGGGGUGACUAGGUCAGAGGACCCUGCCCUUGUGGUUGGGGUUAGGGCCCCUAUAAAAGAGGCCCCAGAGAGACCCCGUGCACAGUGAGGGCACAGCAAGAAGGCACCCUGUGGCCCUCACUGGGCACCAAGUUCAGUGGCAUCUGAUCUUGGCCUUCAGCCUCCAGGACUGGGAGGAAUAAAUGU